UUUUUCAGUUUAUUAUAUUACUCUAUGCAAUCAAGAUAUUCUCAUUUCUAGCCCCGUAUUUCAUAGUGCUUGUAUACUCAUUGGUCCUGUUUAUUAUUUGCAGUGCACGAAUUUAAAAUAGAUACAAAUUUCCAGCAAAAUGUAAUCGCCCUAAUAGCUGAGUUUCAUAGCUCGCAGAUCUUAAUAAAGAAGAAUGCUUGUUUCCAGGUGAACUUUGUUCUCAGCAGUACCUAUACAACUAAGCAUAAUGGAGUUUGGUGGUACUAAAAGUGAUAUAAAGACGGUGCAAAAGCGUAUUUCAGCAAUAGCUCAGUUCUGCAUCUGUUGUCUGAACACUGAAUGUAGACUGUACUCGUUGGACAGAUUUAACUUGUAUGAAGCUUAUGAAAACCUGACUGGAAAAUCGCUGCAUAAGGAAGUGGGCUAUGUACCAAAAUUUUGCACGGAGUGUGCUCAGAGAUUGAAUAACUAUAACAAGUUCAGAGACAAAAGUCUAAGAGCACACAAAUUAGUGACAAAAUUAGUUGAAAAGUAUGAAUUGGUUACUAUUCAUAGCAUAAGAAGAAUAAAUAGGUCUACAUACAAGUCUAAUAUAACCAAGAAGAUAUUUGAGCCGGAUCACUGCGACUAUUCAUUUUCGAUGCAUAAUCUAGAAAUUAAAACUGAAUUGAAAGCCAAAAAUGAGGAGAAAUACCACGAAGUUGCCAUCGUACCAAAAGUAGAGGUUUUGCAAAACAUAAAGAGCGACGAGGAAUACCUGGACGACAGUAUAGAAAACGAAAUGGGUUUCAUAAACAACGAGCAAACUGAUAAUAAACAACUCGUUACCAAAACUGAUCAGUUCUCUGACGGGGAAUAUGAAGAUGUGGAAUUUUUGUGCGACAGUGAUUGGGAACUCCCAAAAGACAACUGGGACAGUGAGGCAGAGUUAGUCCAGAACAAUGUGGCAACAAAACGUAAAAGCACAACUCAAAGUAAACCGUUGAGAAAUGUGAAACGGAGAACUGACAAAGAAUCAGACGCACUGUGCAAUACCAGCAUACAAGAUGAUCUCUUAAUGUUCACAAUAACUCACUUGACUUAUGAGGAGCAAAUGGUAGAUUUACUACGGAGGAGGGACAGCGACCAUUUCAGGGGCUCUUCAUAUAAAUGUAUGAAAUGCUACAGGGGAUUUGGUUCUGCGAACACAUACGAGGCACAUAUAAAGAAACACAGUAGAAAAUUUGGUCAGUUCCAAUGUCAAGUGUGCAAAAUAUACCUCGAAAGUAAUAGCAAGUUAAGGCUCCAUACGGUACAAUAUCACAACACCAGAUUCAGUUGCAACCGAUGUUCCUUUGUUACUAACCAUAAAAAUUUAGCGGUCAACCAUGGACGAUGGCAUAGAGGUUUCACGUUCAAGUGUCCGCACUGCGAAGAGGAGUACACUAAAAAGUCGUCGUACUUCUCCCACCUUCGGCAGCGGCAUCCGUCUGACAUCGUGUGCAGACUGUGUGGUUUUUUCUUCAUCAAUCAGAAGGGCCUGCAGGUGCAUACAAAUCUGAGACACCGCAACGAGAAAAAAGAGAACUUGGAUGGUCCACUCUGCGAGCCGUGCAAUAUACGCUUCGCAUCGAAUUACGCGUACCAGCAACAUUUGAGUGUUUCGCCCAGACAUAUUAUUUCCAGGUUCCUUGGGCAGCAAAAGCAGGACAGCAUAGAGGAGUCUGCACAUGGCACCACCGGAGAAAACGAACUUGUCGAAUGUGAACAGUGUGGCAUUCAAUUGGAAGGCUUCCAGUUGUACAGCAAUCACUUCCAGAGAUACCACCCGGGGAAGAAGCAAACUAAAUCCCCGCAGUGCAUUGCGAAGCCGGUUUUGUGCGAGCAGUGCGGAACGUCUUUUAAGGACAGUUACGCCCUCAGAGACCACGUCUUUAAAAUGCACACGGUUCAGAAAAAGUUCCAGUGCGACAUCUGCAGUAAGAAGUACUCUCUAAGAACCAACCUGAUCGUCCACCUGCGGACUCACGGCGGUGUCCAAACCACGUUUGAGUGCCCGAUAUGCGAGAAGAGGUUUCCCAACAAGGCGAAUACGCAGAGGCAUAUAUUGAUCCACAAAGAAAAGAAGCCGUUCAAAUGCAUCGCGUGCGAGAAGACUUUCGUGUCGGCGUCGGCGCGUCGGUGCCACGUGCGACACACGCAUCUAAAGGAGCCGUGGCCCAAGAAGAACCGCGGCCCCAAGGUGCGAGCCAGCCGACCCCGCCACUACAAGGAUGUGGUGCGUGGCAUCCCCCUACCACAGGUGGUGGACCAGGCAAGCGUGAGCGUCGAGUAUGCACCUUAAUUUUUUUUUUCUUUACAAUUCGCGAUUUAUAGCAGAUUUUCUUACCUAAGACGCGGGUGUGGGUAACCAAUAAUAAUAGAGUACAAUGGUGAAUUCCAAUGCAGUCUAUUUUUUCUUAUUUGCCUCGUAAUGUAAAUAAAACUAUUCAUUACUGUUUCUUAAAUAUAGUUCAACGGGUACAUACCGCGAUAGUAUUUUGGGAUUUGUCGAUAUUUCGACACAGUUGCAUGGAUCGUGGUCACGAAGCAUGCAUUGAGAAAUGUUGACCACCACGAAAAUCUUAGUUUAAAAUCUCUCAUUACUGAUUAGUGUAAACUAACUUAUAAAAUAAUAAAAGAAAACCCAUUUAAUUUUUGUUCUAUUUUUAAAAUAGA